GCGGCGCAUGGAUCUGUGCAAGGAAGCGCUGCAGACAAGACCCACGAUGCAUGCAGAAUGGUCGUCCUCAACGCUGGACAUGGACUAAAAUCCGAGCAAUGUAACAGUUCAUGGAAGCGUGACAGGAGCUGUGAGCACGCUGCGUCAAAAAACACUUAUCGAUUCCUUCAGAAAGUUGUGUAUGUCACAGGUCAUGCUGUGCUGGACGAUGCAAAUGGCAGAAUUGAAGAGGUGUCCACCGGUGAAGCAUUCCGAUUGAACGACAAGCGUCUGACGGCAGCUCUCUUUUAGAUGAGUGCAACCAACGAGACGCAUAGAACCUUGACCGAUGGCAGUAUCCUCUUUCUUUAUCAGAGAGGCGUGUCUGCAACUGCGCUUCAAUUCUUGAAACGAAGCAGUUUAGAUUCGACUGAAUUGGUUCCAAGGCACACGUCUUUUAAUUCAUGAAUGUCCCCCACAGUUAGCUGAAUCGGGCCUCAAAUGAUCUCCUUGACAUCGUUCUGCGACAAGACCACUAAUCGACGCCAAGGCCUUAAGAAAUACGUCGAAGAGAUUCCAAAGCCAAAGAGCUUCAGUCGUUGGCUAGAACGUGCUUUUAAGCCAAGACAGAUCAGCAGUUUUCGAAGUGUUCGUGGGCAUGUUACUGGACUAGGACGCGUGUUCGCUUUGCAAGAAGAUGAGUUUUGUUCAAAUGCGUACACAACAUCGACAUAUACUUUUGCAUCUUUUGUUCCGCUGAACCUUUUCCAUCAAUUUUCACAUACAGCAAGUCUUUACUUCCUGCUUAUUACAUUUCUUCAGCUCGUACCAGAGUUAUCCCCUACCAGCUGGAUCACAACCUUCGUCCCGCUUGCUUGUAUGCUACUGUUGAAUGCUGUCAAAGAUGGCCACUAUGACUGGAUUCGUCACCAAUCUGACAAAACGGUGAACGAAAAAAAUACCGAGGUUUUGAAGGAUGGAACAUUUGAAAAGCUAAGCUGGGAGUUGGUCAUAGUGGGGGAUAUCUUGAAGGUGAAUAAUGACGAAGAAUUUCCAGCAGACAUGGUCUUUUUAUGUUCUUCGGAUUCUCAAGGGUUUGGAUAUGUGGAAACGACAAACUUUGAUGGCGAUUCGAACUUAAAAGUUCGCAAUGCAAUAUACCAAAAGGCGUUUAUGGAUAUCAAUAUGUCUCCAUCAAAAUUUUCUGGUUUGAUAAUCAAGUGUGAGCAUCCCAAUAAUCGCCUGCAUGAGUUCGAGGGCGUUAUCAAACUUCAGGGUACAGGAAGAUUGUUUCUGGACGAAACCAAAAUUCUUCUGCGAGGAGCAACGCUCCGCAAUACAUCUUGGAUCCUUGGCUGCGUUAUUUUUACAGGACGUGACACAAAGGUUCUUCGUAAUAUGAGCAGUGUUUCCCAGAAGGUGUCUCACUUUGAGGGUCAUAUUAACAUGAUAUUACCGAUCAUGGUAGUCUUAAACGUUUUUAUCUGCUUCUGUCUGGCUAUUGCCGGCAAUGUUUGGAUGGCAAGACGCACCCAACACCAUUAUUUACCCGGACAAUGGGGGUGGCCAGACUAUGGAGUCGGAAUUAGGGGCACUGGCGUUCGGUUUCUUCGGUUCUUUAUACUGAUGCAUGGGAUUGUUCCCAUCACACUAUAUAUGUCGCUUGAGUUAGUGAAGGUCUUCCAGUGCCUAUUUGUCGACUGGGACCUUCACAUGUACUCUCCUGAGGCAAACAGGCGGGCGCUGGCUUCUGCAUCUGGAAUUCCGGAAGAGCUUGGUCAGGUGGAAUAUGUCAUGGCAGACAAAACGGGUACCUUGACGCAGAAUGUUAUGACGUUUGUAUGCUGUUCAAUUGGGGGUGUUUUGUACGGAAAGAAGCUACACGUGGAGGACAUUGAAAUAGCUACAGGCAGCUCUGUCCAACUCGUUUCCGAGGACGAUGUUUUGCGACAGAAAUUUACAACUGAUAGUGAUACAGGCAGGCUUUGUUGUCAAUUUUUCACGCACCUUGCGCUUUGCCACAAUGCGUACCCUCGGCUUGUGGAAGAAGCGAUCGAGUACCAAACGAAUUCUCCAGAUGAAGCGGCCCUUGUUAAGGGAGCAGCAGAGUGCGGUUUUCACCUUGAUUACCGAAGUGCUGAGGAGAUAAAUCUCUAUUUGGAGGGAAUAGGAUUGGAAAAGCAUACCGUUUUGGCUGUUUUGGAUUUCACCUGGGAUCGGAAGCGCAUGAGCGUCAUUUGCAAGAAUCAACAAGGAAGGGUGAAGUUGUACUGCAAAGGGACGGACACGGCCAUCCUCAAACGCUUGAGGAAUCCAAGCUCACCCAUGGUUGAAGCAACUAUACAACAUAUCGAGGAAUUUUCCCGCAACGGUUACCGCACGCUGUGCAUAGCAGAACGCGAACUGAGAGAUAAAGAAUUUGAAAUCUGGGCGGGACGAUUCCUUAAUUCAAGUACUUCAGAGGAUGAUGGAGAAUCUCAGCUAGCAAUUGCUGCUGAGACAAUUGAACGUGACAUGGUACUCCUUGGAGCCACAGCUGUGGAGGAUAAGCUGCAAGAAGGAGUUGCAGAGACAAUUACCCAGCUAGCGCAAGCCGGCAUAAGAGUCUGGGUUCUCACAGGCGAUAAGAUCGAGACUGCUGUAACCAUCUCCUUGUCUUGCAAUCUGCUCGCCGACUCCAUGCACCUCUUCUUCUUCCCAGAUGCAUUGGUCAAAGUUGUUGGUCAGAUGCUUAAAAACAUGCUCGACGAAGCUCGCCAUCAUUUUGAUAACCAGCACACUGAAGGCCAUUCGGAAAUGGCCGUUGUAAUCGAGGGCCAUUCUUUGAGUGUUGCCUUGGAGGCAGCCAAUCAAGAGACUUUUCUGAGACUGUGUCAAAUUUGCCGGACAGUCGUAUGUUGUCGAGUUACUCCUCUGCAGAAAGUUCAGGUAACGCGACUAGUAAGAUCUUAUGGUUUUAUGGUAGCAGCUGUAGGGGAUGGCGCAAAUGAUGUGGGUAUGAUCAAAGCAGCUCAAAUUGGGGUCGGAAUUCGGGGCCGAGAAGGCAAUGAAGCAGUAGCUGCAAGCGAUUAUUCUAUAGGUCAAUUUCGUUUUCUUGCACGACUGCUCCUUGUCCAUGGAAGAUGGUCAUCCAUGAGGAACAAAGACCUGGCUUUAUAUAUUGUUUACAAAAAUGUAAUUCACAUAUCGGCCAACUUUUUCUUCUCGUUUUUCUCUGCGUAUUCAGUCCAAUCUAUUUUUCCAGAAAUACUACUUUCAACCUACAAUAUGGUCUGGACUUUACUCCCUGUUGUAGCAGUCGCAAUAUGGGAGCGAGAUGUUUGUCAUUACACUGCUGAAAACAAUCCUCAGCUCUAUUUGGCAUCUAGAGUCCGUGGAACGUAUAAAUUCGCUGCGGAUAUUAGCUUUUGGGCCUUGACGGCUAUAUGGCAUGCCAUCGUCGCCUUCUUCUUACCUUACUUGGUCUUGCACCAAUCAGGGUUUAAUGGUGAGAGUAUCGGACUAAGCUCGUUUGGUGCGACAGUAUAUAUACUGGAAGUCGUGAUUGUUAGCGUGAAACUCGCUGUCCACUCAACAUCGUGGAUACCAUACCAAAUCUUACUACUCUGUGCUUCGGUUUGCUCUUUAUUUCUCUUUUUGCUCCUCCCACAUUCCCUUGGUAUCCACACACAGGAUUUCGACAUCCUUAGCAAGGACUUGUUUGGUAGGCCAACGUUUUGGCUACUGGUAGGACUCAGCCCCAUUGCAGCUUGUCUUCCAGACGUGACUUAUAUGAUGUUCCAGCAGCGUUCUAACCCAGCAGAUUCAACCAUAUUACGAGAACGGGAGAAUGGUUGGCAAGAUGGGAUUUGUAAACAAGGUUCCUUGGACUUCGUAGACGUGAUACAUUCACUUGCGGAUGAAGAAUUUGAUGAUGGGGACUCAAGUACCUCAGAAAUUCCCUUAGAGACAGAGGCGAUAGCCAGAAAGAAGACAUGGAGAGAAAUUGUAUGUGAUGAUAGGUUCGAUGCAACAGAUCAUACCCAUUCUGCCGUUUGGGACGGAAAAAAGAGCAGUAAAGGGUUUCACAUGGUGACACAUCUUAAUGCUCCACAUCAAAAGCCGCGACCUCUGCAUAAAGGACCUAAACCCUCAUAUCGAAUGUCUGCAAGGCAGUCCGUUUUUUCUUCUAACAAAAUGAAUGUGCCCAAGGCGGUUGAUGGUUCUGAUGCUGAUGAAUUGAGCAUGGUAUCCAGAAGGUGCUGGAAAAUUCCCUCUCAACAUUUCAGUCUUGGAGCCUCGCCUCUACGAGAGAAGUUGACAUCGGCACGUUUUUGUUGGAAGAGAACCAAACAACUAUUCUCUGUUGAGGACUGUUUUUCAGUUCCCAAAAAAUCCUACGGUAAAUCUCAGCAACCGAAAGAUGAUUCUUUACUAGAAUUAUCUCUUCAUAAACCUACUGGAAACAAGUCACAUCUCUUUGUUAGGAUUGCUCCCGAAGUGGAAUGUAAAGAACCAGUCAAGGUCAUGUUGACUGCGGAGAAGCAUUUGCCCUUAGACCCUGUUCAUUCAGAGAGGAUAGGUUCGUCUUUUUUGAAAGCCUCCGACGAUGAAACGGAGUUAUUCGGAGAGGACCCACACCCCUAUUCUUUGAUAGCCGUGAUAAAUCCCAAUGCUGAAGUUCAACCCAACCUUCAACCGGAAAUUCAAUCAAAGAAUAACUCAAUCAAGCAACAUUCGCAAUUCCUGAUGUCCCCCGAUAGCAAUGAACUCAGAGAUAAUUACUCAACAUCUCCAAGUAUCGUGUUAAAUCCCGAAGCUGAUCUGCAGGUUACAGAGAUCCCGCGUCCAGAAAAGAAAUUUGUCAUAAAUAUGCACACAGAUUACGUAAAUAAAAUUGCUCCACCCCUCGCUUCUGAAAGCCUAAGUGAAGAAGCUAUGGAAGAAUCAGAAUAAAUACUGUUUCUCAUGGCCAGGAUGGAGAAUCAGAGCUUACUGCGCCGUCUAACAAAGAUGACGAUAGCACAAAGACGAGAACUGAAGUUGGUGUCAUAAGCGAACCAGGACUUGUCCUACCAAUCUACGGUUUUCGAAAGCGAGCAGCAAUGGUGCUUGUUUGAAUUUAAGAUGAGGAUCAGUCUUCAAAUUCCAGGUAGAGGAAUUCGAGGAGGAUGUCGAGUCCCUUUUGACGCCAUCAGUAAUGGUCAAACUUCUACUGUAGUUUAGAAGCAAUUAAGAAAAGCUCUAAAUCAGAGCGAUGUGUUAAACUUC